AGACCGGGUCCUUCUGGCGACAAUUUUCCGACCGUAGGAAGCGCCUUACAACUGCGCUCCUCCACAUCCGGCGCUUACUUUCUUCCCAAUCAGUCUCGAUUGACUACACGAUGAACCCAGAAAUCCAGAUUUCUCUGCCCGGCAAAGGUAGAUUUGAUAUUAACAAGGUAUCGGCACUUAAUAACCUAGGUCUCAUGGCUGAAAUCGUCACCACACUCCGCGUCCAUUUAAAACGUCUUGAGUAUGAAUGUCUUCCAUACUUCGCACAAUUCCUUUGCAAAAACGCCCUCGAAACUGGUACUAGGAUGCCACAAUACUUGCCAGUUGUUCUAUCCCAGUUCCAGCAAGGCAAAGAUAACGGGGAUAAAAUUGAACGUUUAUUCUAUGAGGAAGCGGGUGCUAGAGGCCUCUAUGCGCUCGCAUCUACCAAGAUUAAGAGCGUUCUAGAGGUAUUACCCAAGUCUAGUCAAUCUACCGUCGCUAUCAGUCUGAAAGACUAUAAAAUGCACACGAGUAUCGCCGAUAGGCUUGAAGAUAUCGAACCGCCCGCCAAGCUCAUAUUCACCCCGAAUUGCGUGACUUUACCAGCGCAGAGGUUCAAGGGUGAUAUUUUCGACGAAGUCUCCAAGCGUCAGACAGCAGAUGCCACCCAAACUCCAGCUCUAGCAGAGAUCGUUCCAGCAGAGACCGCUCCAGCAGAGACGGCUUCAGCUCCAGCGGAGAUCAUCCGAGGAACGCACCUGGCCGGCCGUGUGUCACCUCCCAGGACAAGCGAGUUGUCAUAUGUUCAAUACAGCGGCCCAGGGCUGCCUAGCAUUUCUACCUGGGUAAGGCUGUGGCACACGCCUUCUCUUUAAUAGCAGAGCUGACUUGACAAGUUCUCCGAACAGAGGCUGCCAGACACC